AUGGGUAUUCUACAGUACUUGUUUGAGGCUGAUGACGACAUCCGAGGCUCAAAAGCGCGCGCAAUAUUUGUCGGUAUGUUCGUGGCCUUUGGUGGUAUUCUGUUCGGUUACGAUACAGGCACCAUCUCGGGUGUGUUGACCAUGGAUUAUGUGAAACAAACGUUCACUUCCACCGGAGGAUUCACUGCAAGUGAAACCUCAUUGAUCACUUCUAUUCUUUCUGCCGGUACUUUUGUUGGUGCGAUCUCUGCUCCGUUGGCUUCAGACACCUUGGGUAGGAGGUAUGGUUUAUUCAUUUCUUGUAUUAUCUUUUGUGUGGGUGUCAUUCUUCAAACUGCUGCAACAACCCAGACUCUGUUAAUUGUAGGCAGAGUGAUUGCGGGACUUGGUGUUGGUGUACUAUCCUCCAUUGUUCCUUUGUAUCAAUCGGAAGCAGCGCCAAAAUGGAUCAGAGGUGCGGUGGUCUCCUGUUAUCAGUGGGCUAUAACACUUGGUCUACUUUUAGCAUCUUGCGUGAAUGAGGGUACACAGAGAAGAAAUGACAGUGGAUCGUAUAGAAUUCCAAUUGCUUUGCAAUUAUUAUGGGCCAUUAUUUUAUUCGUCGGUAUGGCCUUUUUGCCUGACACUCCAAGAUUCUACGUCAAAAAAGGCAAACAUGAGGCCGCUCGUGCUUCCUUAAGUAAGUUAAGAGGCUUACGACCAGAUGAUAAAUAUAUUGAAGAAGAAUUGGAAGAAAUAAUAGCUAAUUAUGAGUAUGAAAGAUCAUUUGGUGAUACCUCUAUUCUAGACUGCUUUAAACCAGCGAAUCAUCAAUUGAAACGGAUUAUGACAGGCAUUGCAAUUCAAGGUUUACAACAAUUAACUGGUAUUAACUUCAUUUUCUAUUAUGGUGUUCAAUUUUUCAAAACUUCAGGUAUCAGUAAUCCAUUUAUUAUUCAACUUAUUAUGAAUAUUGUUAAUGUCGUUUUUACAGUUCCUGGUAUAGCAUUGGUGGAAAUUGCUGGUAGAAGGAAUUUAUUACUAUGGGGUGCUAUUGGUAUGUGCGUAAGUGAAUUUUUAGUUGCUAUUAUUGGUACUGCAAUUCCUGAUAGCCAUGCUGCUAAUAAAACGCUGAUUGCUUUCUCAUGUACUUUUAUUGCAUCAUUUGCUGCAACCUGGGGUCCAUUGGCUUGGGUUGUUGUUGGUGAAAUUUAUCCAUUAAGGGUAAGAGGUAAAUCCGUUGCAAUUUGCGCGGGCUCCAAUUGGUUAUUCAAUUUUGUUAUUGCUUUCAUUACACCCUAUUUAGUGGAUGAAGAUAGAGCAAAUUUGAGAUCAAAAGUUUUCUUCAUUUGGGGUGGUUGUACUUUCCUUUGUAUUAUAUUCGUUUACUUCUUCGUUUAUGAGACAAAGGGUCUUACUUUGGAAGAAAUUGAUGAAUUAUACGAUACCGUUAAUGAUGCUCGUAAAUCGAGAGGAUUUGUACCAACUAAUAGAUACUUGAAUUUGGCACCAAUUCCAGUUGAAAAAGAGUCAUCAAAUGAAAACAACUCCCUGGAACCUGGUGUCGACAAAGCAACGGUCGAGUUUGUUGAAAAAGUCUAA